UAAGCACCUGCUUCAUGUGGAUUACUUUCCUGUGUAACGAUAGUAAACAACACGGAAAUGUCAUCCCAGUACGAACCAGGUGGAUGACUGAAACUGUUGCAAAGUAAUGGCGGACACCUACACAAUGGAAUCCAAAGAGAGGGAUGAGACAGACGCAUCCCCGCACAAAGUACAAGAGGAGAGGAAGCAGGGGCGUAUUGCCAAACCAAAAACACGAAAACUCAAACCUUUGUUUGAGUCAGAUUCACAGAGCAUGGAGGAGGGAAAAAAUCGUAAAGAUCACAUCCGGCAGAGUCGCACAUCAUUGACUGCUCCAACACAAGCAAAAAUAUGUUACUUCUACAAAGACGAUGAUUACACAUUUAAGUCUCUGAAAGUAGCAGUCAGUGACCGUAAAUACAAAAGGCUGGAUACUCUUUUUAAUGAAUUAUCAAAACGGAUGCCAGGGUUAAACUAUGGUGUUCGAAGCAUUUUCACUCCGAGAGGAAAAGAAAAAGUUGAAAGUUUUGAUCAGUUGACGAAUGAACAGAAAUAUAUCUGUUCAACUCAGCGACAUACACUAAAAGGUUUGAAUAUAGAAAGAAUAGACAAUCGUGAAAUGUGGCAUUCAACUCGUCCUCCAAGUGGACGUAGGGCAUAUAAUCGCCUGGUGAGGGACUCUCGGUUACGCGAUGGUAAAACACGAAAAACAGGGAAGCGAGACCCACAGAUGGCAUAUGCUUACUAUUCUUCAAUGCCUAAAAAGGUGACCAUUAUGAGGAAUGGGGACCCGACAGACCGCCAUGUUAUGAUAUUUAACAGAAGGACUGCCCAAACAUUUGACCAAGUGCUCAGUGACAUUGGAGGAACAGUUAAAUUUGCAGUCAUGAAACUUUUCACCAUGGAGGGAAAGGAGAUUCGGAGCUUACAACAGUUGAUGACAGGUCCGGACGUACUGGUUGCAGGAGGAAAAGGAUCUUUCCGUCCAAUGGAGGGUUUCUCCACUACACCUCGGCAGUCCAGACUCGCUUUUUCUCGUGGGGGCCUCAGCACUCGAGGGGGGUCUGACAUGAUUGCUAGGAAAAUGCAAGAACGACGAGAGAGAUUAAAGAAAACCCAGGGUAAAUGGAAGGUCUUAGUGGAGACCAACAAACACCCAUCUGCUGGGACACCGGCUCAGGUGACAUUGACUGUAUAUGGACACAGGGGAAAUUCUGGACCACUUGCUCUUGGAAACGGAGAUGGCACACAAUUUAAAAAAGGAAAUGUUGAUACAUUUGAUGUGUCAGUGGGAUCUAUAGGAGAGAUAUACAAGAUUCGUAUCGGACAUGACAACUCCGGAGACAAUCCAGGAUGGUUUUGUGAAGAGGUGAAAAUGAUGGACAUGCACUCAGGAGAGGAGCUAAGAUUUGAGUGUCACCGCUGGAUGGCUCGAGACGAGGAUGAUAUGGAAGUCUGUCGGGAGAUGCCUGCUGUACGCAAGAGAGAGCCCCUAUUACCAGUUAUACGGUAUGAGGUGAGCGUGCACACAGGAAGUCUGUGGAAUGCUGGGACGAAUGCCAAUGUGUACAUGACUGUAUAUGGUGAUAGAGGUGAUACAGGUGUGAGACAGCUCUACUCUGAAGCCAAGACUUCAGUGUUUCAACAGGGUCAGGAGGAUAGGUUUACUGUGGAGGCGGUCAGUCUUGGACGUCUGAAACGGGUCAUUAUUGGCCACGAUGGUACAGGCUCUGGAAAUGGCUGGUUUUUGGAGAAAGUGGUGAUCAGGGAGCCUCAUAGUAAGGCCACAGAUGACUACGUCUUCUACUGUGGAAAAUGGUUAGAUGAAGGAGAGGACGAUGGAAAAAUUGUAAGGGAACUGAAAGUUCAAGAAGAAUACAUGGAUGACAUACUUGAAAAACGAAACUGGGAGUAUGAGAUGUGGAAGUUCCAGAAAGAUGGAAAGAUCAAAUUCUACAGUCUAGCCACUCAAAAAGCUGUCCGGGUGAAGCCUAACCUCACUGUGGACUCACUGGCUGAUGACAGGGAUGAACAUGCCGUCUUUAAUGUGGUGGUGAAGAAGAAGACAAUGGUGCGAGCAUUUAGCAGUGUAACAAAACCCAAGAACUUCCUCGCCAUCGACAACGGCAAGAUCACUAUGCAGGGUAUGGGAGGACCAUAUUGUGAGUUCCGUGUGCGUGUUCAACAUGACAGAUCUGUGAUGUUGGAGUCGAUCAAGAAUCCCCUACAGUUUGUUACAUUUGGUGAAGAUGGUCAGCCAGACGAUGUACGUGGAGUUCUAGACAAGGAACCGACACGAAGAUUCUUUGUCUACUGUAAGGGAAUGUUCCGUCACCGAGGAGUGAUCAUGUUGUGUUCCUCCUUCACUCAAGCCAUCACCAUUAAUCAUGACUACACGAUGCAGGCAACGGGUAAACAAAACAAGAUGGCGCAAUUCAGGGUCCAUAAAAUCUCAACAGGAGGGGUUCGCAUGUUUGAGAGCAUGAUGAGUCCAGGAAAGUUUAUACGCAUGAAGGAUGGCAAAAUUGACUGUUUGGGUGAGCGAGACGAAUUCUCCCAUUUCAUUGUUGAUAAGCACCCAGACCAGGGGUAUGUGUCUUUCCAGUCCAGUGCCCAGCGUGGCCUGUACCUCGGGAUGAAGCCUGAUGGCCGUGUAUGGCCUACUGUAGACACGGGGGUUAACAACAUCUGGCUUUACCCAUCAGUCAUCGAGUUUGGUGUCCCUAAGAUACGCAGUUUGGAACAAGUUGAGGAGGAUGCCAUGAUGCAGGUCAGACAGACAGAGAGUGCAUUGACGGUGGACUACACCCCCACUCCUACACCCCGUCCAGACUUCGCAGUACAUGUAUCAGAAGGAUCCAAACCUGCAGUCAAAGUUGGAGAUUGGAGUAUCCAGAUCAGUACAUUAGACGCUCUAAAGAAUGGUGAGGUGGCUGUGGUGGUGUAUGGAGACCGUGGCACCUCGGGAGCUAUCCAUCUAGGGGCUCCAGGCAAGGACAUCUUCCAGACCGGCAACAAGGAUGAAUUCAGGGCGAAUCUACAGAAAGUUGGUACUAUAAAAAAGAUCAGACUUGAGCUGACCCCCAAGGGAUCUAAUGCCUCAUGGAAGGUAGAUGAUGUGGUGUUGGAGAACCUCAACUCUGAGGAGGUGCUGAAGUUCCACUUUAACAAAUGGUUGUCCACCACUCACGAGGACCAACAGAACAUGCGAGAAAUGCCAGUUAUGGAACAAGGCACAGAGUCCCUCAAAUUACUGAAGUACAAGGUGAUGGUCCAGACAGGAAAUGAGCUUGGGUCGGAGACUGAGGCCAAUGUCUAUUUCAACCUAUUUGGUGAUGACGGGGAUACAGGAAAACGGCUCCUACUCAACUCCAGCAAUAAACAGAAGUUUCGUCGUGGCCAGGUUGAUGUGUUCGAGUUGGAGGCAGUGUCUGUUGGUCGUCCACAGCGGUGUAUUGUGGGCCACGAGGAGACUGCCGAUGGCCAGGGAUGGUAUCUGGAACAGGUAGUGGUACAGGAAGGAGACAACGCGCAGGAAAAGUACAUCUUUGAAUGUGACAGGUGGCUGGAUACUGGUCAGGAAGAUCGCCGAAUAGAGAGGACGCUUACACUCAAGGAGGUGAAACCUGUAGUUCGAUUAGAAAGUGUAGCAGAGACAGCAGAGGAUUCAGAACAGGAAGAACAGAAAGAAGAAAUCCACCCUGAAACUUUCAGAGAUGGAGACUGGCGUUUGUACAUCACGACUGGAUCUGAUGGAGUCAUGGGUACAACCAACAGUGUAUCACUAUAUGCUUACGGAACUAAUGGUGUGAUGGGACCUAUUUCUCUCGGUCAGGAUGAUGAGGAGCCUCACUUUGGUGCUGGGGCCACUGACGAGUUUAAGGUGUUUAUUGGCCCUGAGCUGGGAGACCUGUACAAGCUGAGGAUCGGCCAUGAUGACAAGGAUAGUGCAUCUGGAUGGUUCCUUCAAACAAUGAAGUUGAAAAACAUUAUGACGAAUGAGGAACAUGUGUCUAAGUUACACCGAUGGAUGUCAAGGUCACGAGAUGAUCGUGAUGUGUGGCGGGAAAUCCCCGUGUCGACCAAUGGCAAGCCGUUGUUGCCAGUAAUUACAUACACAAUCCAAGUACACACUGGUUCCGAGCUCAACUCCGGGACCACAGCUGAUGUGUUUGUAUGCAUGCAUGGUCAGCGGGGCGAUACUGGUCAUCGUAAACUUGUCAAGUCGGAGACCACAAACUCAUCGGUGUUUCAACAAGGCACUAUGGAUGUAUUCCACAUUGAGGCUGUGUCGCUCGGCGAGCUGAAGAAGAUCACAAUAGGUCACAAUAAUAGAGGUGCCGACCCUAGCUGGUUCCUCGACAAGGUUGUUGUCAAAGAGGGCGAGGAAACCGACGCAGAUGAGAUUUUCUUCCCCUGUAACAGAUGGUUGGACGAGAAGCAGGAUGACGGUAAAUGUGAAGUGGACCUGAUUCCAAAGAAACAAGGCAAGAAGUCAGAGGGAGAAUACAAAGUGUGGAUAAAAACUGGGGAGGAAUCCAAACCGUCCAAUGGUGGAACUGUAUCGAUGGUUGUGUAUGGAGAAAAUGGCAAGACAGAUCAGAUCAAACUGUAUGCCACCAACCCUACAGCUAAACUGUUUGAGCCAGGCAAUAUUGAUGAGUUUGAGAUAGCAGUUGGAGAUUUAGGGGACCUUUACAAGAUCACUACAGUCAGGGAAGACACGCCAAAGUGGGAAGGAUGGUAUCUACGUGAGGUAAAGCUACAGGAUACGGUUACUAGGGAGGAAUUUGUAUUUGGCUGUAACCGGUGGCUGGCUCGGGACAAGGAGGACUUUGAUCUGGUUCGAGAGUUUCCAGUUGUCAAAGCAAAUAAACCACCACCAUCUGUGUUCCACUAUGAAGUUACGGUUUACAUUGGUGAGAACUGGGCCGCUGGUACAGACUCCAGUGUAUACAUUAAUAUAUUUGGAAAGAAAGGCGACACCGGGAAACGAUCGUUGUACCAUUCCAAGUCUAACAGCCAACCAUUACAGCGAGGUCAGGUGGAUACAUUCCUGUUCGAGGCUGUUUCCCUGGACAACCUGACUCACAUAGAAAUAGGUCACGACACCAAAGGUCAUGGAGCAGGUGUAUUUAUAGAGCAGGUGACGGUGUCAGAGACUGACGGCCCUUCCCCGACUAGUCUUUAUGUGUUUCCAUGUAGACGCUGGCUGGACCAAAGGGAAGGUGAUGGGAAAACAUGGAGGGCUCUACCCCUUCUCAAUAUCAAGGACAUCAACACACCAGUCAAACAGAAAAAUCUGGCCAAGAAAUCUAGUAAAGGGAAGUACAAUAUUGUUUUAAAGACCAGUGAUGGGCCGGGAUCUGGUACCCACGCCCAGGUCUUCCUCACGGCAGAAGGGAACAAGGGCAAGUCUGACCGACAACCACUUGGGGAUGUUACCACUAAUGAUGUACUAUUUGAUGAGGGUGUCACAUCCGAGUUCAACAUGGACUUUGGUGAGAUUGGUGACUUAACAAAGCUCUCAUUGGACCAUGACAACAAGAACCCCAAUCCUAACUGGCAUGUUGACUGGAUUAAACUGUCUGACAUUGACACAGAGGAGGAAUUAGAGAUAUAUGUGGAUCGCUGGUUUGCUCGAGACGAGGAUGACGGUCAAAUAUCGAGGGAGUUUCCUGUCAUCAGAAAGGGAAAGAUGCCUCUACCAGAGAGACAAUAUGUCAUUGAGAUACAGACAGGUAAUUACCCAGAAGUCUCUGUGGCCCAAGGGAAUGCCUUCAUCACUCUGACAGGAAGUGAUGGGGACACUGGGAAACGGCCCCUGGACACGCCCUUCUUCAACAGUUCUCAGCUGUGGAGGCCGGGCCAGGUGGAUGUGUUCAUUAUAGAGGCCGUGUCUGUGGGUAGACUACAGACACUACAGCUUCAGUUUGAAGGCAAAGGCAAAGACAAAGUUUGGUAUGUGGAGCGUGUCAGUGUGUUUGAGGGUCUUAGUGCAGUAUCUCAGAUUGUGUUCAACUGUCAGCGAUGGAUUGAUGUCAACGCUGUCAUCCCCGACAAGUUUAAAGUUUCAGAAAGACUGUCGAACAUCUGUCCGAACGAGAUUACACAAAAGUGGUUCAAGGAUGUCCAGCCUUUGAGGUCGAGUGGACAGUGGUCAUUAUGGGUGUUCUGCGGUCAACAAAAUUCGGGAGCUACAACAGAAGAAGUGUAUUGUGUAGUGUAUGGACUUGAUGGUCAGUCAGACCCGAUUCAUCUGAAUGCUGACCACCAGUUUACGCGUGGUGCUGUGGUCAAGUUGGAGGUAAAAUUAGGGGAUAUUGGUGCAAUAUACAAAAUCAGGGUGUACUUUGGAGGUGACUACACUGGUGCUGCCUGGUUCCUCAGUCGAAUAAAGAUGAGGGACCAGGACACAGGGGAGGAGUUCAGUUUUGUGUACAAUGGGGAGCUAGAAGGUACGGAGGAGAAUCCGGACGGCAUUGAGGAACUGGCAGCAAUUAGACCAGACCAAGAACCUCUACAGGAUGAUGAAUAUACGCUGUAUGUUGCUACGGGAAAUGAAGAACAGUCGGGUACUGAAGCAGAUGUGUUCUGUGAGCUGAUUGGUCAGUGGGGAAACACAGGGAAAAGGAUGCUGAGGAAGUCGAAAUCUGCUGUUCCAUUUAAACAAGGCCAAGUAGACGAGUUCACCAUAUCUGGCCUUGACCUUGGUGAAAUAAAGAAGGUGAGGAUUGGUCACACUGAGAGAGGGCGUGGCAAGGGCUGGCAGUGUGCUCGAGUACUGGUCAAAUCUUCUCUUAAUCAGGAACUACGAAUCUUCCCCUGUAACAGGUGGAUGGACACGGGCUGUGAAGACCGCCGACUGGAUCGAGAACUCCUGCCCCUGGGAUUUAUGCCCCUCACUCAGUCUCCUGAUGGGAAGUCCGAAGGCCAAUGGACAGUUCAGGUGUGGUCAGGUGAUCGUACUCUACUGCCCAAGUCAGCUGAGGAACUGUCCAGUAAGUCUCGGUCAGUAUCACUGACUGUCUAUGGCAAAGAUGGUGUGGAGGGUCCUGUAGAACUCAUCAACGAGGAACAGGAGAGAUUCCUACCUGGAAUGGUCAACAAGUUCCCAGCAAUAGACCUCAGUAAGGUUGGUGACCUCCAUAAGAUCCGUGUCAGCUCCGGUCUGGAAGAUGACCCAAAUCCUGUGUGGACUAUCUCAAAGAUCGUCCUAACAGACACAGUGACUGAGGAGGAACUUCAGUUCGACUUCUCCGGCUGGGUCGGAGAACAGGAUGGGGACAUCCGAAAGGAACUGCCAGUCAUCAAGAUGGGCAAAGGCUACAAACAAGUUGUCCCGUACUAUGUUGAGGUGUAUACUAGUGAAGAGGAGAUGAACGCUGGUACAAAAGCCAGUGUUUUCCUUACACUCUAUGGACAGCAGUUUGACUCUGGCCGCCGACACCUCACCAAGAGUCAAACCAAUAAAACUAAGUUCCAGACAGGACAGGUAGACAUAUUCAAUCUGGAGGCAGUUGACCUUGGAGAACUGGCCAAGGUUGUUGUUGAAAAGGGACCCGGUGACCCCUGGCUCCUGGAGAAGGUCAUUGUGAAGUCUGGGGAAUUUAAGAAUAUAGAAUAUAUAUUUGAUUAUAACAAAUGGGUUGGAACCAAGGAGGAAAAGGACAAAGAAGUUGAGGUCGAUAUACGGAUCACUAAAGUGGAGCCAAGCUCUGUGGUGCUGCCCUACGGGGUCGACUAUAACCCCAUAGACUCAAAGGGAUCUUGGAUGGUGGAAACAGAGACUGGUGGACAGAAGGGUGGAGACUCCGCCUCCGAUAUAGUCAUGAUUAUGAGUGGAGACAAAGGGGAGUCUCAGCCCAUGUUACUCAAUUCAGCAAGAGAAAAUGCCUUCCAAAUAGGCAUGACAGACACCUGUAAGCUGAAAUUGUUGGAUGACAUUGGAGAACUGUACAAAGUGAGGCUAGGAUUCAAAGACAACUCACAACCAAAAGGCUGGUAUCUACGCAAGAUAAAAUGUGAGGAUGAAGACACCGGUGACAUUUUUACUUAUGAAUUCAAUGAUUGGGUGACAGUGGAUGAUAAACUGGACGGAUGGAGGGAGCUCCCAGUCGUAUGGCCUGCUAUACUGGUACCACAAGUGAUGCGGUACCAAGUGUACGUACACCUAGGUCAGGCCCACAAACCAGUGGACGAUGUGUACGUCUACCUGUACGGGGACAAGGGUGGCACAGGCAAACGUAGUCUGAAACACUCACUGAACAACGACGACAAGUUCCAACAUAACCAGGUUGACCAGUUUGAGGUCGAGGCCGUAUCCCUAGGAGAUCUACAGAAGGUCACAAUAGGUCAUGGUACCCUGUUGGAAGGAUCUGGCUGGUUUCUGAAGAAAGUGGUUGUCAUGGAAUCUGAUGAGACCAUUGAGGAAAGUGUCUUUACUUGUAACCGCUGGCUGGACGCAGGCGAGGAGGAUGGUAAGGUUGAGAGAACUCUGUACAUAUCAGAAGGCUCUGUCCGCAGUCCUUCUCCUGUAGCAGUUGUUGCCCCUAUUAUUCAGGAGAAGGUUGAAAGUCCAAAACCUGAACCAGAGAAGGGAGAUAACUCUAGUCCAAAGCCAGAAACACCAAAACCAGAAACGCCAAAACCAGAAACACCAAAACCAGAAACGCCAAAACCAGAAACGCCAAAACCAGAAACACCAAAACCAGAAACACCAAAACAAGACACGCCGAAACCAGAAACGCCAAAACCAGAAACACCACAACAAACAGAACAGGAGGUCACAAAGUCUCCUACCCCUCCUCCUCCUAAAGGCAACCCUUGGUCAGUCUCCACACUGACAGGCUCGGAGAGUGGACAAGGGACAGUAGCUGCAGUAGCCCUGGUAAUUUAUGGAGAUAAGGGUCAGAGUGAACCAGUAGUGAUAGGAGAGGUUCCUGACUUCCGAUUCUUUGAGGGGAAGACAGACGUACAUGAGGUGAGAGUGGAGGCGGAGGUAGGGGUUGUCUACAAGGUGAGAGUAGGAUUCCAUGGCCCGGAACAUGAGCUGUCCUGGUACGAGGACAGAGCUACAGCACCCUCCUGGUUUGUGGAGCAGAUUAAACUGACCAACUCGACCAGUAAUGAGGUGUACACAUUUGAUUCCAAUGCCUGGGUGAAGUUGGAUGGGAAAGACGACUUCUGGAGAGAGUUUCCAGUCAAGCAGGAGAAGGAUGAGCUCCCAGUGAAGCAGUAUUAUGUAGAAGUGUACACAGGGGACAGGUUAAAGGCCAGUACCACUGCUAACGUGUUCCUACAGUUGUUUGGAGAACGAGGCGACACGGGCAGACGAAUGCUCCUCACAUCCAGAAACAACGCCAAGAAGUUUGAGCAGGGGGCUAUGGACGUAUUUGAGAUUGAAGCAGUUGACCUUGAUAACCUUACAAAGGUCAAGGUCGGUCAUGGUUUCUCUGAUUCUGGAUCAGGCUGGUAUCUAGACAAAGUGGUUGUGAGGGAAUUCGAGUCAGCCAAGGAGAGUUUUGUGUUCCAGUGUGACAAGUGGCUUGACACCGGAGAAGAUGAUCAGAAGAUCGUGAGGGAACUAAUCCUGUCAGAAGUUGCUAUUGAGGAGGAAAAGCCUCCACCCCCUAAAGGUGAUCCCUGGAAGGUUUGUACUGUGACGGGUGACGAGGCUGGACAUGGUACAGGGUCGGCAGCUGUUGUCGUCAUCUACGGCAGCAAGGGUCAAUCUGAUCCUAAGGUCAUUGGGGAGAGCGAGGAAUUCCGAUUUGAAACCGGAAAAACAGAUGAAUUCAUGGUACAUGUAGAGGAAGACAUUGGGGACGUGUACAAGGUCAGAGUUGGUUUCCAUAGCUACGAACACGAUCUGAUGUGGUAUGAGAGUCCAGAUAGUGCUCCUUCCUGGUUCCUCAAACAGAUGACCUUGACAAAUAUGAAGUCUGAUGUAACCUUGACCUUCCCUGCUGACCAGUGGGUAAAGCUAGAUGGCUACAAUGACUUUUGGAAGGAAUUUGCUGUCAAGGCAAACACAGCAGAGGAACAGCUUCCAGUGAAGACCUACUGUCUAGAAGUCCACACAGGCGACAAGUUCCAGGCAGGUACAGACGCCAAUGUGUUCAUAGAGCUGUUUGGUGAGAGAGGCAACACAGGACGCCGCCGUCUCCUCGCAGCCAGGAAUAAUGCCAACAAGUUUGAGCAGGGAGCGAGGGAUCUGUUUGAAGUAGAGGCUGUUGACCUUGGGAGUUUGUCCAAGGUUGUGGUGGGCCAUGACGGUGAGAAUCCUGGGUCAGGAUGGUUCCUUGACAGGGUGACUAUCUCCGUGUCAGAUAAACCCACCCACAAGUUCAUCUUUAAGUGUGACAAGUGGUUGGACGUAGGGGAGGAUGAUACUGUGAUCGUGAGGGAACUGCCCCUCACCAGUGAGGAAGAGGUCCAAGAGGAGGCACCCAAAUCACCACCCAAAGAGGGUGAUUUCCGUGUCUACAUCAUUACGGGGAGGGAGCCCAAGGCAGCAACCACUGCACAGGUGACCUUGACAGUGUACGGAGAUGCUGGGAACUCCGGACCUCUCCAGCUCGGAAAAGCUGAUAGUGGCCAGUUCAAAGGGGGACAGACAGAUGAAUUUGAUAUCUCUCUGGACCCAGAGGACCUCGGAGAACUCCGUAAGAUACGUGUAGAGCACGACAAUUCUGGUCCAGAUCCUGGCUGGUGGCUGGACAAGGUGAUCCUACAUGACCUAAUGAAGGAUGAGAAGCUACAGUUUGACGUCGACAGGUGGCUGUCCUACGAUGAUAAAGGCGGCGAUAUCGUUGUGGAGAUCCCGGUUAAACAUCCCAAACAUGAUGCCUGGCCAGCUCCAGUGAACAAAUAUGUUGUACGGACGAUAACUGGGGACGAGGCUGGUGCAGGGACAGAUGCUAAUGUCUAUGUUAACCUAUUCGGCACGCUGGGAGACUCAGGCAAACGCUACCUCAAGAACAACAGGGAAGGUCGAGAUGCCUUCCAGACAGGAAAAGUGGAUAGCUUUAUAGUGGAGGCUGUAGAACUCGGCCGACUGGAGACCAUCAUCAUCGGACAUGACUCGCAGGGGUCUGAUCCUGCCUGGCUAUUAGAGAAGGUCGCAGUACAGGAGUCAGAUGAUGCAGAGAAAGGUUACAUGUUUCCUUGUGGCAGUUGGCUGAAAGAUGAGAAUAAUACGGGAUCCGUGGAAUUGGAGCUGUAUAUGGAUCGUAUGGAAAAGGUGGAAACGGUCAGCUCCGACCUUAAUGUCAAUGGAAAUCAAGGACAGGAACAGCAGGAACAGCAGGAAGACACAUUUGCAGAUGAAGGAGAGACGGAAGGAGAUAAAGGAAAGAUGGAGGGAGAUCAAGGAGAGACACAAGGUCAGGGAGAGACAGAAGGAGACAAAGGAGAGACAGGAGAUGAAAAGACCGAAGGCCAAGGUGAGACAGAAGGUGGGGGAGAGAAAGAAGGACAGAAUGAACAAACAGUGAAUGGAGGAAAUGAAGAGGAAGGAACAAAUGAAAGGAAAGAUGACGAAGAAAGACAGGAAGAUGAUGGAAAAAUAGAGGACAAAGAUAAAGAUGAAGAUGAAAAUCAGGAGGAACGAAAAGAAACUGAUUAAAAUAAGGACAAAUCAAAACCAGGAAAUGCUCCAAAGCAAGACGAACAGUAUACCAAUAAUGAGAUAUGCUGGUCUACUUUGUAGAAUGAUUUGACUUACCAGUGACUUUUGGACCAUAAACCUACAAUGUAUAUAUAUCACAUUUAGAUAGUGUCUACCACAGAGAGAAAUGUAGAAAUGUUUGUGUCUGUUGGUCGGAGAGCUUUAAGUCAGAUUUUACCAGUGAAGUUAGUUACCUGUUGUGGUGGAGGGUAUAGGACAGUAACAAUACUGUUUACUGUUAUUAAUCAGGGUACAAAAUUGUUUAUGUACAUUAAUAUGUUUGGUAAAGGGCCUAUAUCAAUAUAUAUAUAAAGCUGCCAAAAUAUUCAUCACAACCGUCCCAUGCAAUAUCCAUCUGUCUCGUAGAAAGGCUUGUCUCAUUGUGUUCCAUUGACCAUCUUACAAACAUCUCAUACAAUGAUACUGUCUCACAAUAAUUCUCACACAACUCUCUCACACAACAACCCUCAUACAACAACCCUCAUACAACUCUCACACAACAACCCUUACAACCAUAUCGCACAAGUCUCUCACAGAACAAUCAUCUUGCACAACAACCCUCUCACACAACAACUAUUUCAUACAACAAUCCUCUCACCUAACAUCCCUGACUGUAAUAGUCAACACUACAUUCAUACCAAUCACCAUUCCCCUAGAAUAUAUACCAUGAUCAUCUGUCACAAAUUACCAUUCCCCUAGAAUAUAUACCGUGAUCACCUGUCACAAAUUACCAUUCCUCUAGAAUAUAUACCGUGAUCACCUGUCACAAAUUACCAUUCCCCUAGAAUAUAUACCGCGAUCACCUGUCACAAAUUACCAUUCCUCUAGAAUAUAUACCGUGAUCACUUGUCACAAAUUACCAUUCCUCUAGAAUAUAUACCAUGAUCAUCUGUCACAAAUUACCAUUCCCCUAGAAUAUAUACCGUGAUCACCUGUCACAAAUUACCAUUCCUCUAGAAUAUAUACCAUGAUCACCUGUCACAAAUUACCAUUCCCCUAGAAUAUAUACCGUGAUCACUUGUCACAAAUUACCAUUCCUCUAGAAUAUAUACCAUGAUCACCUGUCACAAAUUACCAUUCCCCUAGAAUAUAUACCGUGAUCACCUGUCACAAAUUACCAUUCCUCUAGAAGAUAUACCGUGAUGAUCACCUGUCGCUGUCAUUAAAAGCAAAGUACUGUUAUGUAAAUAAUAACUAUUCUACAAGUGCUCAACAGUAUAACGUUCUUAUCUAAGUAAUAUGUUUGUAAGUACAUGAUUUAAUUAUAUAACAAAACUAGGGGUGCAGCUACAUCCAAGUGUUUCUGUUAUUGCCCCAGUUCCCAUACAUUGUACAUAAUGUCAAACAAUAGAUUCUGCCUUUAUGCCAGAUAAUUUGUGAAUGUCAUUGUAUAUUGAUAUUGGAUGAAGGAAUGAAUAACAUGAAAUGAUAAUAAAAUGUCUGUUAAAAUAUGUAUCCCUGCUGUGAAGUGCUUACGAAAGUUUGAUCAUAGCAAUUUUAUUUAAAUAAUUAAUGUUUAUUUUUUUCUGUAUGUUUCUAUAAAAACUUUGCUAGUAUUUAAAUUAUUGUGUGUCACUGUUUUUUGCUAAAUAUAGAGAAUCAUUCAUUAAAAAAGAUAUUCUCUAUUUCUGACCUAAAAAUAGUAGAGUGUAAUUUUAAAAGUACAUAUAAUGAAUUUCUCUACAAUGAUGAACUCAUUCAGUAUUUACUGUGAGCCAGCAUCUUUAUAAUUAUGAUUUAAUUUCUGAAGAGAAUUCCAUUUGAACUUUAAUUUAAAUUGUUUAUCGUUGAUAUCACAUAAGCAUCACCCUGUUCAAUGUUUGUACUGUGUGUGAAGGUCAUGUGACUAUACCCGAUACCGUCCAAUCUGUGUGAUGCAUCAAGGUCAUGUGACUAUACCCGAUACCGUCCAAUCUGUGUGAUGCAUCAAGGUCAUGUGACUAUACCCAAUACCGUCCAAUCUGCGUGAUGCAUCAAGGUCAUGUGACUAUACCCGAUACCGUCCAAUCUGUGUGAUGCAUCAAGGUCAUGUGACUAUACCCGAUACCGUCCAAUCUGUGUGAUGCAUCAAGGUCAUGUGAUCAUGCCAAGUUACUGUCACAUGACAUAAAGUAUACACACAUCUGUUAUGUGUUUCUGUUUUGGUUCAUAAACAAGAUGUCUUCCAGCUCAUUACUAAAUAAGGAUUAUCUGACUCAAGCUAAUCCGAUCAUUUCUUUGUUGGAAUUAAAAAAAAAAUUUUUUUUUAAUAUAGUAUGUAAUUUAUAAACAUUUAAUGUAUAUAUUUUUAACAAAGAGGUUUGUCAUUUUCAACUCAUUAACGUAUAAACAAUUAUGUAUUGUAUAUACCUAGAUAUUUUUUUUUGUUAGCGUCAAUAAGAUUUUAUAUCUGGAUGUGUGCACAAGAAUUUGUUGUGUAUGUUCAUAUUUUACCCAGACUGCUAAUGCUUUACUUCAGUCUGACCAAAUGCAUGCUGGGAACUAUACCUUGGCAGGAUAAAUAUUGUUUCCUUGUUUUCUCAAUGAAUGUUGCAGAGACUGUGAUGGGUUAAGGCUGUAUGUGUCAUAAUAAUGUACAUUUUUAUAUUGUAAAAGCAUUGAUCUGUUUAUAAAGUAUGCAGUGAUGAGAAUACCAAAGUGCCUAUUAUUUACAUACUUUACUACUUAGUAUAUAGUGAAUGUUUAAUUAAUAUUCAACAUGCUAGAAUCAACUCCAGUACCCCAAUUUAGAACAGAAUUAGAAAAAAGUUAGUGAAUGGUGUCAAGUCUCUUAAAGUUUUUUUUUUAUAUAAAAGAACUUUUUAUGAGCAUUAAUUUACUUGUGAAAACUGUUGCUGAUGCAAUAGAGUAUGAUUAGAUUGUCUAAUAUAUAAUGUAGAGUAAAAAGUGAUUUACUUGAUAAUCUACCUCAAUUAAAUGUCUAUACUGGUCAAGUAAAAUAUUUGACAAAAUUUGACGGUAAAUGGAAACAGCUUCAGGAAAAAAAGACACCAGUCAUUGGAUAAGUAAGAACUAGUCAUGUUUUCAGGAAAAACCUUGUUACUGUUUAUGAUAUACAUGGAUAUAGUAGACUGUAAACUUAGAAGUUAGAUCAUUACCUGUCACUGUCACAAAAAGGUAUAUGGAUGUUGUUAUUGCCAGUUGAUUUCUCUCUCUAUCUUUUAACGGGUUUUACGUCCGCUAUUAAGGCCUUGCGACCUUUCAGCUGACGAGUUGAUUUUUUUUCUUCCUUUUUUUUUUCUCUGUAUGCGUUUUCUAUAUAUAGUGGUGUUCUCUGGAAUUUCCAAUUAUCUAAGCAUUAUAAAUAGCCUCAGUGCCUUAAUAUAUAUAUAUUGUAUACAAAACUGCAUUUGGAAUUAUUUACCAAUUGUUCCAAUGCACAAUAAAAAUUAUUUUGCAGUUAUAUAAUCAUGUGUAAAAUUGUACAAUCCCCUGUUAUAGUGCUAUUACUUUCAGUAAUGUCGAGGGUCCUGUGUUAAUAUCACUUUCAGUAAUGUCGAGGGUCCUGUGUUGAUAUCACUUUCAGUAAUGUCGAGGGUCCUGUGUAAUAUUACUUUCAGUAAUGUCGAGGGUCCUGUGUUAAUAUUACUUUCAGUAAUGUCGAGGGUCCUGUGGUAAUAUCACUUUCAGUAAUGUCGAGGGUCCUGUGUUGAUAUUACUUUCAGUAAUGUUGAGGGUCCUGUGUUGAUAUCACUUUCAGUAAUGUUGAGGGUCCUGUGUUGAUAUCACUUUCAGUAAUGUUGAGGGUCCUGUGUUGAUAUUACUUUCAGUAAUGUCGAGGGUCCUGUGUUGAUAUUACUUUCAGUAAUGUCGAGGGUCCUGUGUUAAUAUUACUUUCAGUAAUGUCGAGGGUCCUGUGUUAAUAUUACUUUCAGUAAUGUCGAGGGUCCUGUGUUAAUAUCACUUUCAGUAAUGUCGAGGGUCCUGUGUUAAUAUUACUUUCAGUAAUGUCGAGGGUCCUGUGUUGAUAUCACUUUCAGUAAUGUCGAGGGUCCUGUGUUGAUAUCACUUUCAGUAAUGUCGAGGGUCCUGUGUUGAUAUCACUUUCAGUAAUGUCGAGGGUCCUGUGUUAAUAUCACUUUCAGUAAUGUCGAGGGUCCUGUGUUGAUAUUACUUUCAGUAAUGUCGAGGGUCCUGUGUUGAUAUUACUUUCAGUAAUGUCGAGGGUCCUGUGUUGAUAUCACUUUCAGUAAUGUCGAGGGUCCUGUGUUAAUAUCACUUUCAGUAAUGUCGAGGGUCCUGUGUUGAUAUUACUUUCAGUAAUGUCGAGGGUCCUGUGUUAAUAUUACUUUCAGUAAUGUCGAGGGUCCUGUGUUGAUAUUACUUUCAGUAAUGUCGAGGGUCCUGUGGUAGUAUUACUUUCAGUAAUGUCGAGGGUCCUGUGUUAAUAUUACUUUCAGUAAUGUCGAGGGUCCUGUGUUAAUAUUACUUUCAGUGAUGUCGAGGGUCCUGUGUUAAUAUUACUUUCAGUAAUGUCGAGGGUCCUGUGUAAUAUUACUUUCAGUAAUGCCCAGGGUCCUGUGUUAAUAUUACUUUCAGUAAUGUCGAGGGUCCUGUGUUGAUAUCACUUUCAGUAAUGCCCAGGGUCCUGUGUUAAUAUUUAGUUCAAAAACCUGUGAGAUACAUGGAUAUAUUAUAUGUUUGGCAAUAUAUAUAAACUAUGUUAGGGUAGAGGAACAUAGGCUAAGGUAUGUUCAUGAUGGAUUAAUUGCUUCAAUUAUGUAUAUAUAUAUAUAUAUAUAUGUAUAAUGGAUAUUAGGUUAGCUGUAUAUUAUAUAUGUCGAAAUGAUCAUCAUAAUCAUCAUAUUUAUUGAAAUAUAUAUAUUUUUAUCCGUCACAUUAUAAUCUAUUUUAGAAUUCACUGGUUAAAUAUACACCAAACAUUUUCAUAACAGAAAUUAAUUGCCCAUUAUAUUCCUAUUUAUUGAUAGAAUCUCUGGAAUUCAUUGUAUUCUGUAAUAUGCCAAUGAUUUGAGUAAUUCUUUUUUAAUUUUUUUUUUCUUUGAUUUAUUUAGAUGUGCCAAGAAAUUGUUUCUGAUGUAUUCAUUUUAAGAUUGUUCCCAUAAUUACCUGUAUACCUUAUUUACUGUAUCUACGUUUUACUUAUUCUAUACCAGAACAAACUCUGCUUAUUUUGAGACUUCAGUCUUUUGGUUGUAGGUUUGAAGUAGGAAAUCUGUGUUGAAAAUGUUAAUUAACAGUGCAUAUUAAGCACAGAUUACCACAACUGAAUUUUCAGCUGAAGUCGAGUAACAUUACUUGAGUAGGUUUUAUCAGUUCUUGCCUUUUAUCUUAUAUUUUUCUCAUUGUGUACUACAAUGAUUGAACUGAAUCUCAAUAUAUCUGUGAUAAUAUAUAUAUAUGACUUUAUCUAUAUUUAAUACCUUGUAAGUGUAAAUCUGAUUUCAAGAUAAAGCACGGUUUAGAUUUAAUUUAUAAGAAUGAAUCUCAGAAAUUGUACAUAAACGUUUAUUUUAAUGAUCAAAUACCUAUUUUUAUUUUUUUAAAUCAAAAACAAGUUCACAGAUGGUUGUGAAAUCUAUUUUUCCUGCUGUAAUUGCGAUAUUAUCUGUAGGUGAAGAUCUGUAUGGAAAAUUUGUAGUCCCCAAGAUUUUUACUGUGCCAUGUGGACGGUUUAUUAUAUUAUGGUUUGUUCUGUGUACUAAAGAAUUCAUUUUAAUAUUUGUUGACUACAAUAUAAAGAAUAUAUUCAUUUAUUAACAAACCAAA